AAGUUGGGACGGGGAGCGGGCGCUCCGCCCUCUCGGGUUUCUCUAUGGUGGGGAGCGGCGAGGCCUGGCCGGGGACACGGGCUGGGACGCUGUGGGGAGGUGUGGGGCCAGGCCGGGGCUGUGGGGCAGCUGGCGGCGCAGCGCCGGGCGGUGCCUUAACCCGCCGCCCCCGCGGGCAGUGGUGCGCAGUUGCUCCCCGGCCCCCAUGAAGCUGCGGGACGCCCCUUCCGCCUGCCCGUCCCUGUGGCGCUGGUUGCCGUGCACGCCGGCCGAGCUGCGCCUGGACCUGGUGCUCUCCUCGGGACAGAGCUUCCGGUGGUGGGAGAGCAGCCCGGGGGCGUGGACGGGUGUGCUAGGGGGCCGCGUCUGGACACUGCGGCAGGAUGGGGAUCGGCUCUGGUACACGGUGUACGGCGAGGAUGAUGAGCACGAGGGGGAGGAAGAGCAGGAUUGGUGCCCCACCAAAGCAGCGAAGUUGAACGCCGCAGAGACGGACCGGAUCCUGCGUGACUACUUCCAGCUGGACGUGGGGCUGUCGGCCCUGUACCAUGCCUGGGGGGCGGCCGACCCCCUGUUCCGCAAGGUGGCCAAUGACUUCCCAGGGGUGCGGGUGCUGCGGCAGGACCCCGUCGAGUGCCUCUUCUCCUUCAUCUGCACCUCCAACAACCACAUUUCCCGCAUCACUGCCAUGAUCGAGCGCCUCUGCCAGGCCUUCGGCCGCCACCUCUGCUGCCUCGAUUCCCGGCCCUUCCAUGCCUUCCCACCCCUCUCGGCGCUCACAGGUGCUGAUGCCGAGGCCCGGCUGCGGGCACUGGGCUUUGGAUACCGGGCCAAGUUUGUCUGUGGGAGUGCGCGGGCCAUCGCUGAGGGGCUCGGCCCCGAGGGGCUGUGCCAGCUCCGCACCGCACCCUAUGCCGAGGCCAGGAGGGUGCUGUGUGCCCUGCCUGGUGUAGGUGCCAAGGCGGAGGCAGUGCCUGUGGACACCCAUGUCUGGCACAUUGCACGGCAGCGCUAUGGCGUGGCAUUGGGUGGCAAGAGCCUCACCCCCCGGGCCUACCAGGAGAUCGGCAACUUCUUCCGGGAGCUGUGGGGCCCUCGUGCAGGCUGGGCGCAGGCAGUCCUGUUCUGUGCCGACCUCCGCAAGGGCCAGAAGCCAGCCGGCAGCCAGCAUCAGGCCUGAGAGAGCUGAGGCUGGGGCAGCCAUGGGGGUGGGCUUCUCUAGGGACACCCCAGGAAGAACAGAGACUUGAGUGAGACACUGUACCUCCUGCCAGCCUGGGAGUAGCCAGGGAGCUGCCUACACUCUGGAGCAGUGUGGGCAGCUGCCUGUUGCUUGCCCACUAUGUGCAUGGGGGAAGCUGCUGCCUUGGGCAGUGAAGCUGGGAGGGGGGGGGUCAGGGCUGUGUCCAGCUCCCUCAGUGCAGAGCUGAGCCAAGCACCUUUGGCCUCUUGCCUUUAUUACAAGCAAUAAAAUAGAAACAUCCAUUUGGAAAA